AUGGCGGGCGAAGACGACGUCGAGCGCGCGCCCGAUAGCCGCCGCGGCUCUCGCAUCUCCCGCGCGUCACUGAAGGAGGACUGGGCCAACCUCGAUGAGUACGGCAAACUGGUCAAGUACGUAUCGACCUUCCGCGAUGCCGGAGCCGGUGAGCAAGAAGAGGGCGAUUUCGUCGAGAAACGCAUCUGGUACGCUCCCUGGAAGAAGCGCAGGGUCCGUGUGCGCAAGGUUGAUGAGGCUGGCGCCAAGUUUCCCGAUGACUGGCUCAUUACCGAUAUCCGGGAAGGACUGCCGAGCGAGGAGGUCUCUAAGCGGAGACAGCGCGCUGGGUGGAAUGAACUGGUCUCUGAGAAGGAGAAUCCUAUUGCGAAGGUCCUAUCGUACUUUCGUGGUCCAAUUCUUUAUGUCAUGGAGCUUGCGGUCUUGCUUGCCGCUGGUCUGGACGACUGGGUUGACUUUGGUGUCAUCAUCGGUAUUCUAUGCUUGAACGCUUCUGUCGGUUGGUAUCAAGAGAAGCAAGCUGCCGACGUGGUUGCAAGUCUCAAGGGAGAUAUUGCCAUGCGUGCCCUCGUCGUGCGAGACAAUUCCCAGCAAGAAAUUCUGGCGCGAGAGCUCGUUCCGGGUGAUGUGAUAAUUGUCGGUGAAGGUCAAGUCGUCCCGGCUGAUGCCAAAGUGAUUUGUGAAUACGACGAUCCCAAUGGUUGGGAGGAAUUCAACCAGCUCCAGGAACAAGGCAUGCUCGGUGGCAGCUCCUCCGAGUCCGAGGAAGAAGACGAAAAGAAGGGCGACGAGGACAAGCACCAGGACCAAGAAGGGGAAGGCGAAGCUGACGGCAAAGAGGCCGAGCAGCAGAAGCCCCGUCGCCGCGGCUAUCCCAUCCUGGCGUGCGACCACUCUGCGAUCACCGGAGAAUCUCUGGCCGUCGAUCGGUACAUGGGAGACAUAAUAUUCUACACGACUGGAUGCAAGCGUGGCAAAGCGUACGCUGUGGUUCAGACGCCGGCCAAAACAUCCUUCGUCGGCCGUACUGCGAGCAUGGUGCAGUCUGCCAAGGGCGCUGGUCACUUCGAAAUCGUCAUGGACAAUAUCGGAACAUCUCUCUUGGUUCUUGUUAUGGCCUGGAUCCUCGCAGCUUGGAUCGGUGGAUUCUUCCGCCACAUCCCCAUUGCCUCUCCUGGACAGCAGACACUUCUUCACUACACUCUGUCUUUGCUUAUCAUCGGUGUUCCCGUCGGUCUUCCCGUGGUCACGACCACUACCAUGGCAGUGGGCGCUGCGUACCUGGCCAAGAAGAAAGCGAUUGUUCAGAAACUAACGGCAAUUGAAUCGUUGGCUGGCGUGGAUAUUCUCUGCUCCGACAAAACCGGUACCCUGACUGCCAACAAAUUGAGCAUUCGCGACCCGUACGUGGCCGAAGGCGUCGAUGUCGACUGGAUGUUUGCCGUUGCGGUGCUCGCGUCCUCGCACAAUACCGGGUCGCUCGACCCCAUCGACAAGGUCACCGUCUUGGCCCUCCGGCAGUACCCUAGAGCUCGCGAGAUCCUUCUGCGGGGUUGGAAAACGGAGAAGUUUGUCCCGUUCGAUCCUGUCUCCAAACGCAUUGUGACUGUUGCAACCUGCGAUGGGGUUCAAUACACGUGUACCAAGGGCGCACCCAAGGCCGUGCUGCAGCUAACCAAAUGCGCCAAAUCCACUGCCGACAUGUACAAGGCCAAAGCUCAGGAAUUUGCACACCGCGGGUUCCGCUCUCUCGGAGUUGCCGUCCAGAAACAAGGCGAGGACUGGACUCUGCUUGGCAUGCUACCUAUGUUUGAUCCGCCUCGCGAGGAUACGGCACAGACAAUCAGUGAAGCUCAGAACCUCGGCAUCAGCGUCAAGAUGCUGACGGGUGAUGCUAUUGCUAUUGCGAAGGAAACAUGCAAAAUGCUUGCGCUAGGUACCAAGGUGUACAAUUCAGACAAGCUUAUCCACGGCGGUCUAAGCGGCGCAAUGGCUAGUGAUCUCGUCGAGAAAGCAGAUGGCUUUGCCGAAGUUUUCCCAGAACACAAAUUCCAAGUCGUGCAGAUGCUGCAAGAGCGCGGCCAUUUGACUGCUAUGACGGGUGACGGUGUGAACGACGCACCAUCUCUGAAGAAAGCAGACUGCGGUAUCGCCGUCGAAGGCGCCUCCGAAGCUGCGCAGUCGGCAUCAGAUAUCGUGUUCCUGGAGCCUGGCCUGUCGACCAUCAUCGACUCGAUCAAAGUUGCGCGCCAGAUCUUCCACCGCAUGAAGGCUUACAUUCAGUACCGUAUCGCGCUUUGCUUGCACUUGGAGAUCUACCUGGUGACAUCGAUGAUCAUCCUGAACGAAAGUAUUCGAGUCGAGCUCGUCGUCUUCCUAGCUCUAUUCGCCGACCUGGCUACCGUCGCCGUCGCAUACGACAACGCCUCGUUCGAACUUCGCCCUGUGGAAUGGCAGCUCCCCAAGAUCUGGGUCAUCUCCAUAAUCCUGGGCAUUCUACUCGCGCUGGGCACAUGGGUUGUGCGCGGCACAAUGUUCCUGCCGUCGGGCGGCAUCAUCCAAAACUUUGGCGCGAUCCAAGAAGUGCUCUUCCUCCAAGUGGCACUGACGGAGAACUGGCUGAUCUUCGUAACACGCGGCAGCGACGUCUGGCCGUCCAUCCACCUGGUAACCGCAAUUCUGGGCGUGGAUAUUCUGGCAACCCUCUUCUGUCUGUUCGGCUGGUUCAGCAACCAAGACAUGCCCACCAUCCCGAAGGACCAAUUCGUCGAGACCAGAAAUGGCUGGACGGACAUCGUCACCGUGGUUCGCAUCUGGGGCUACUCGCUCGGUGUUGAGAUCGUCAUCGCGCUCGUCUACUACACCCUUAACAAGAUCAAGUGGCUCGAUAAUCUCGGUCGCGUGAGGCACAGCAAGGGCGAUAUCAAGAUCGAGAAUCUACUGGGCCAUCUAUCUCGCUUGACGGUUGAGUACGAGGAGCCUGGUAAGCCGAAGGGUCGCUUCUUCUUGGCUGCCAGCAAGGAAGAGGAGGAUGUGGAGUGA